AAAAAGAAAGGUAUAAAACUUUAUAUAAUGAAUGUUUAAAAAAUCAUGGUGAUUAUAAUCAUAUUAAAAAAGAAUUAGAAAAAAUUACAAAAGAACGUGAUGAUUAUAAAAGAGAUUUAAGAAAAA